AAGAGGGAGAGAAAGAGAAAGAAAAAGAUCAUAAGAAUUAAGAAGUGAUGUCAACCACUUCUCUUGUUAACCACAGUUUGUUUGAGGAACAGGAUCAGAUGCCUAUGCAGAUGGGGUUCCUUCCUUUCCCAUCAAACCUGACUCUCCCUCCUUUGGUUUGUCAUAAUCAAUCUUUGAAAGCUUUCAGUUCCAUAGCUCCUUCACUUGCAUCUGAAGCAGAUUCUGCAUCAAAUCUAACAGAAACCCUAUUUGCAACCUCUGCUCAAAAGUCAAGAGAAGACUUUUCUUCUAGCUUUGGAGGAGCUCAAUUCCUAUCCUUACACAGAUCCAGUGUAAAUCCAUGGGCAUUAGGAGAAGUAACUGAUUGCUUUAGCAAUAAAAGAAGUGGAGAAGAUCAUGAUCAUCAUCUUGGGAUUUCUGCCAUGAAGAUGAAGAAAAUCAAGGCAAGAAGGAAGGUGAGAGAGCCUAGGUUUUGCUUCAAGACCAUGAGCGAUGUGGAUGUGUUGGAUGAUGGUUACAAGUGGAGGAAGUAUGGACAGAAAGUAGUAAAGAACACGCAGCACCCCAGAAGCUACUACCGUUGCACACAAGAUAAUUGUCGCGUAAAGAAACGCGUGGAGCGUUUGGCCGAGGAUCCAAGGAUGGUGAUAACCACAUAUGAAGGGAGACAUGUACACUCUCCAUCAAAUGAUCUUGAAGACUCUCAAUCUCCAUCUCAACUUUGCAAUUUCUUUUGGUAGUGUACACGAACAUAUAUAUAGUAUAUUAUAUUUACUAAUGGAUAUGUUUGUUCUAGCUAGAGGGUGUGCUUUGUAGAGAUGAAGAUAGAAUAAAUAUAUAGAGGAAGGAGUGAAGAUUGACAAUGUGUCUAAACAUGAUUGAUGCAUGAUCUUCUCCAUCCACUCCUCCCACCUUCAUCCCUUCCAAGCACACCAUAAGAGUCUGGUUGAUUUUUCUAGUUUUAUACCAUGCAUCUAGUCUUGGUGUUUCAUAAAAAAUUAAGAUAGGU